AUGGGAAGAGACUUUGCGUCCUCUAAACCUAUGAAAUAUAUGUCAGCGAAGGAGAAAGAAGCCUCUAAGAAAGAAGUGACUCUGCUGUCACAGAUGAAACACCCAAACAUCGUUUCUUUCAUCACGACAUUUCAAGAGAAKGGCAGMCUGUAUAUAGUGAUGGAGUACUGCGAUGGCGGAGAUCUGCUGAAGAAGAUCAACAUGCAGAGAGGAAUUCCCUUCUCUGAGGCGCAGAUUGUGAACUGGUUCAUCCAGAUCUGCCUGGGCCUCAAGCACAUCCACGACCGGAAGAUUCUUCACAGAGACAUCAAAUCUCAGAAUAUCUUCCUAACCAGUGGAGGGAUGAAAGUAAAGCUGGGGGACUUUGGUAUCGCAAGAAUUUUGAAUAACACCCUGGAGAUGGCCAGGACGUGUGUCGGGACGCCCUACUACCUCUCACCAGAGAUCUGUGAGAGUCGGCCCUACAACAACAAGACAGAUGUCUGGUCUCUCGGUUGUGUCCUCUAUGAACUCUGCAGCCUGAGGCAUCCAUUCGAAGGCAACAGCCUGAGGCAGCUGGUCAGCAAAAUCUGCAGAGGCCACUACGCACCUGUCCCCAGUCGCUACUCCCACGACCUUCGUCUGCUGGUUACCCAGCUCUUCAAGGUCAACCCUCGAGACCGUCCCUCAGUGAGCUCAGUCCUGCGGCAGCCAUUUUUAGAAAAACACGUCGGUAAACACGUCAACGCUGAGGUAAUGGCUCAGUUUGAUCACUGUAGUUUAAACCGUCAUGUUAGUGAAAGGAUGUGCAUCAUAWAUGGUUGUUCUUCUAGCUACAGGCUGGAUGGGAGGCAGCCUGACAUCCAUUACCAGAACUAUUACGCCCAGCUGGAUGUCAUUCAGAGGAGGAAUCAGGACGUUCCUGCUGCUGCUGCUCCACCUUCAGCUCCUGAUCCUGCGGCUCUGGAGCAAGUCCUGGAUGUGAACCUGCAGUACUGGGAACAAGACGGUCCACUUGUGGAACCAUACCAGCUUGUGGCUGCAGCUCGUAACGAGUACCUGCAGAGGAAACACGAGGCCAACCAGUACAAACUGAGAGCAGAGAAACAGCUGGGUUUGCGGCCGUGUACAGCUGAGAGUAACAGGAAACCAGGCGGUCAGGAGCAGGACGCUGAACUACAUGACAACCAACACUUUCCUCUGCACAGAAAAUACGAGGGACAGCAGGAGUAUCUGCGUCAGCUGGAUCUCAUCAGGCAGCAGUAUCAUCAGGAGGUGAGACAGAUGAGACAGAGAGCUGAAUCAGAGCCACAAGAGAAACAAAGAACCUUUGUGGUGGAUAAAGCUCGAGACCCGGAGCCCGCCUCGGAUACUGAGGAACAGAAAGAAACACCUGCUCAGGACAUGGACGCAGUCCUGAGGCAGGUCAGAGAAGACGACGAGGGACUUUCUCAGAAAAAACCCAAAGAUAAGAARGGAAUCAUGUUUGAAAUCCGGCUGGAUGAAGAAGAAAACAAAGAAGAAGAAACAAAGGAGGAGAGGAAAAACGAAGAGAAGCAGGAAGUGGACCCUCUCAAUCGUACGCUGAGCUUCCAGGAAGGGGAGGAGCUAAAGCUCAAAGACUGGUCAAAGGAGAGAAAGGGGUGGAGCCAAAGGACCCCUCAGACUCUGCUGGACGCCCUGGCCAACAUGGACGUCAGCUCGGCGUACAGCACAGCGGCUGAGCCUUCAGAAGCAGGUCGCAGGCAGUGGACCAGCGGCCCCCCCAGCUCCCUGCUGGACGCUCUGGCUCAGGCCAAACUCGCACCAGGUCUGGACACAGCUUUAGACGCUACGGAGGGAGAGGAGGAGAAGGGAAGACRAGAGGAAGAGGAGGAAGAGGACUCGGAUAUAGAGAUGGAUGAAGAGCGUCUGGAGUCGAGGUCUGAUGAUGAUGACGACACGAACUUUGAGGAGUCKGAGGACGAGCUGAGAGACGCCGUGGCCGACUCCAUGAGGAACCUUUACGUCAYGGAGGACUCCAGCCCUGGAGAAAACACACCGGAGACGCAGGAGGAGGGUGAAGAAGAGGAGAGGAAGGACAGAGGAGCAGACGGCUCUUCAGGCCAUCAGGCCCAAGCAGAGGUCAGCGGUUCAGAGUGUGAAGACUCACCAAGUGGGUGUUUCUAGUAAACCUGAAGAGUCCCAGACAGACAAGAGCAUCAGGCUGAAAUGACUCAGUGGUUUGUUAACACUGAGUUAACAAACUCAGUGUUUGUUAACUCUGAAGUUUACAUAGGGAGGGUUGAGGAGGCAGCAGUCCACAGUGGUACGACUCAUGAAGCCUUGGCUACAUAUUCAUGUUUUACAUCUGGACUAAAAUAUCUGCCAAGCCUGAUUUUAAGUGCACAGUAAUAUAAAUGUAGUUUUAAGAAUGUAAAAAAAUCUUUAUUUACUAAAUAAAUAAAAAAACAUGGCCUACCUGUCA